AUGAAACCGCUCUCUACAACCUCAUGGCUGAGGUUUUUGGUUCAGCUACAGUUUUUAUUCCUGGUCAAAGCAGAUCUUGAUCCAUUUGGAUACAUUCACGAUGGCUGCUACUCUGGUCUCGACAACUUCGUUAACAUGGGCCAGUCUGCAUCAAUGUCUUCUUAUUACUGUAUGAAUUUAUGCACCAAGAAGGGCUACAGCGUUGCUGCUGCUACAGAUCCAGGUAUCUGCUACUGUGGUAAUAGUAUUCCAGGCACGCAGCUUCCGAGCUCGGACUGCAACUUCCCUUGUCCAGCUUAUCCGCAGGAACCUUGUGGUGGCCCCAAUGGCGCCUACAACAUCUUUCACGUAGGUGAUGAUGUUACCACUGCUAGCCCGGUUUCCUCUAGCACCUCUGCUCCCUCUUCUACCAGCCAAUCAAGCACCGAGGCAUUAUCCUCCUCGACCACUGAGUCGAGUUCCUCUCCUCCAUCGUCGUCAUCUUCGACGACGUCAGCUGAGAGCAAGACCACCUCGCCAACAGCACCCCAGUCAAGCAAUGGUUCCGCCGGCGGAAAAAGUGCUACCUCCGAGCACUCGAUGCAGGUUUCCACUGCAACGGCAACAGUGACCAACUCAGUCACCGCCAGUGUCACGUCGUCGACCGCGACUCCCAGCACAACUGCUGGUAGUCAUGCACAAAAGAAAGAAGGCGGCGGCGGCAUCUCGGGCGGUGCGAUCGCCGGCAUUGUCGUCGGCGUCGUCGUCGGCGUCGGCGCCGUGGCCGGAAUCAUCGCAUUUAUUCUUAUCAGAAGGCGGAAAGAGGAAUUCUACUCUCCCCAAUCAUCCCCCUCUAGAUUUAACGACUCUAGUGGCUUCCAUGGCGGCUACAACCCUAACUAUCCGGUGAUCGACCAACGCUUAAACCCGGAUCUUCUGGGAGGCGAUCACCGCAUUUCUAUUGCAUCACUGGUUGAUGCACGGGACUAUUCUCGUCAGAUUUUGAAGGUAGUCAAUCCCGAUGACGAAAAAUACUAA